GCACCAUGAUCACUCUGCCGGCCCUUCGAUACCUAUCCCCGAGCUACCGCCCACCGACGGCGCAUGGUCCCGUCAGCAACCCAUCUGGCCACCCCCCGAGUGGGGCGGAGCAUCACAGGCUCCACAUCCUCAGUCGACCUACCCGCAUCAACAGCCAUACCCGGAUCAAAGCACGUACAGUAUCCCCGGGUCAGCCUCCAAUAUGCCCGGUGGUUUUGGGGCCGAGAUACAGUUUCCACAGGCUGAUAUAUCACUUGCUGGAAGCGGCUACGGCUUUAAUCCCAGCUUUGAUGCCGGUAGGAGCGGCUAUGGAGACUCUGGAUUGAAUUAUGGGUACACUCAACCCCAUUCGCCUAAUCACAGCACAUUUCCUACUCCAUCGCCUCCACCGUCAAUGCCUCCUCGUGUACAUAGUGCCCAACCCCCGCCGCGGCCGACUGCCUACCCCACUGCCCCAGCACAACCUGCAGGUCCCCUGAAUCUCGCAUGGGGCGCCGUCGAUAGGUUUGCUGGACAAGAGCGAAGACGACAGGUUGAGAGAGGAUUUGAGGGAAUCACAAAAACGGGUAGCAAGUUCUUCAAUAAAUUUACAAAGUGAAACAGCGCAAGGCAGGUGCGGACCCUGAAUGUACUACUUUUUUUUCUCGGACUCUUCUCAUAGAGAGCGUUGGGACACUAUCUCCGUCUAGAGUAUCAUAUCUGAGAAAUAAACUCAUGUCAAAUAAGCAAUUUCAUACUACUAUGGAUAGUUUAAUAACUG